AUGUAUGGAGCACUCGUAUGGAGCACGCUGGUGAUGUCAAGUCCUGGUUCUCAAACAACUGCAACUCCUGGUUCUCAAACAACUGCGGGUCCUGGUUCUCAAACUACUGCAGGUCCUGGUCCUCAAACAACCGCAGGUCCUGGUUCUCAAACCACUGCAAGUCUUGGUUCUCCAACAACUGUAGGUCCUGGUUCUCAAACUACCGAAGGUCCUGGGGUCAACGAGUGCAUCAGCAGCCCAUGUGAUAACGGAGGGACGUGUAUUGAUAGAGUGGUUGGUUUUUAUUGUCAAUGUCAUCAAGCUUUCUUUGGCAGCACAUGUCAGCAUAUCAAUCCUUGCUUUUUCAAUCCAUGCGAAAACAACGCAAAAUGUGAGCCAAAUGUCAACCGUCCAGAGGAGUACAAUUGUGCCUGUCUGCCUGGUUACAGAGGAGAUCGAUGCGAACAAGACGCUUCCUUUAUGAACAACAUGUAUCCAUUCGGAACGGGUGCAGGGGAUGUGUUGAUGCCGGAGGACUUUAUGUACAGCUAUAGAUGUCUGGAGCUUGGCAUGCCUGGACUAGGACUGGAAUUCUUAGGAAAAAGACAUGAAACAUUUUGGAUUUGCAGGAAUGGCAUGAUAGAGUUCAAUAGAGACUACACGCGUUAUUGGCCGCGCAAAUUCGGUCUCCGCUACUGGGAUCGUUUUCUGCCAACUAUAGCACCGUACUGGUCUUUAGUUGAACACCAACUCUUUGACUCAACCACAGUGUUUCAAUUCGAGGGGGCUGUUAUUGAUGAAAUAAUAAACAACGGCAACAGAAGUUUGGCUCAUUCAGGAAAGAUAUACAGCAUGCGUAUUGAUCCUAAGAGACAGUCCAAGGUAUAUUACCAACUGUACAGCAGAUGGAAUUACACCAACGCUGCUGCAGCUAUGUUGAACAAGUCUUCUGAUGACGUCAGAAAGUACACCAAAAACAGCUUGUACAACGAUUUUAGAGCUAGCUUUGUCGCUGUGGUAACGUGGGUCAAUGUUUAUCCUGAACGCUUACGAAAUUUUCCGUAUUUCGGAUUGAGCAAUACUUUCCAAACGGUCAUCAUUACGGAUGGAGUCUAUACAUUCACCAUGUUUAAUUAUCCCAGUGGUGGAAUACAGUGGGCCGCACCAGUAGAUAGCUCUCAGCCAUCGUGGGUUAACUAUUGGUAUCGUAAAUAUCGUUUGCCUGUUGCGGGAUGGAACUCUGGCACCGAUGACAAAAACCGCUACUUCAACAUCAAGCAGUCUUCAACAUUGGUCAUGGCGCAGCUGAGUCAGUUGCCAGGAAACACCCAAGAAACCGGCCGAUGGUUCUUCCAAGUAGAUGAGUCUAACAUGGUGCGGAAAGCAGAGACAAAGUGCUACACCUGGUAUCUACAGCAACCCACAUUACCCGUUUCAUUUCUGCCACCAUGUCCAUGUUGGAGGGGCCAAGCGCUCUUCGACAGAAGAUUCCGGCUCGACAGUACACUCGUGAAUCGUCAAUUCUCUGCAUCAUCUCGUGGGGUGUGCUACAUAUCGAGAUGGAGUUCCCAAAGAAUACAGUACAAUAUUAUUGAUGAGAGAACCAACUUGAGAAGACCUGUUGACAGAAGAUGGUCGGCACAGCGUUGUUGCUAUGGCACUGACUUUUUGGACUUCGGUUCUCUAUUAAAAGGCCCAGAGAGAGGUGGUUAUGCACGGCAGCAAUUUUCCCCUCCUAUUCAAGGUUUUCUGAGCGAUGAAGAGGCUUACAUCGCCUGUUGCGUGGAAUCCGAACUCUGUCGUCUUUUCUACGCAAGAAGACCUUCUGACGAUUGCGGAUCCUACCGUCCACCAAGAAGGACAUGGUUCUGGGGUUAUUCUCACAUUUUCACAAUGGACAACAAGAACUACACUUUCAACGGUCUCGGCGAAUACAUUAUGGCUGAUGUUCAGAACGGGUUUUUCCAGCUGCAAGCCAGAACUGCAAAAGCAUUAGGAGGCACAGCAACGGUCUAUUCUGCAGCGGUUGCUAAGGAACACAAUACCAGUAAAAUUGAAGCUCGAUUGAAGAGUUCAGGAGAUGGUCUAGACUUUUUUAUCGAUGGUUCAGCCUUUGAUUACAGCAGCAUUACAAAUGGCUCAAUGAAUAUCGGGAAUUUGUCCAUCUCUCGCGACGAAAACGAUGGAGUAACAGCCACCUUCCCAUCAGGCAUCUCUGUCUCGUUCAGCCAAGUUAAAGGGAUGAUGGCAAUCGUAUUCGCGGCACCUGAAUCGUUUAAGAACAAGACGAGAGGACUUCUAGGGGUCUGGAAUGAUGAUUCUAGUGAUGACUUUACUCUUCCUAAUGGCACGAUUAUUCCUGUGUCCUCUAGCGACAGAGACAUCCAUCAUAAGUUUGGUCUUAAAUGGCAAAUCACUGCUGCUCAGUCGUUAUUUACCUACGCGGCUGGCCAAGGUGUAGACACGUUCAAGAACACUUCAUACACACCCCUAUUUGCUGAUGAGCUCAAAUUCACUGACUCGGCACUUGAAGCCAAAGCAAGAGAAACAUGUGGUUCUAACCUGGCCUGUCUGUUCGAUAUUGCUGUUACGAAAGAUCUCUCUGUUGGUGGUUCUAACCUGGCCUGUCUGUUCGAUAUUGCUGUUACGAAAGAUCUCUCUGUUGGACAAGCCACCUUGAAGACAUUCCAGAAGCUUGUUAAUGAGUCAAAUCAACUUGAAAAUUUCCCUCCAACAUUGGUGAAUUCUAGCUCUACGAUCAUGCUGAAACUCGGAGAGACAAAGGAAUUUGACCUGGUUGCUAAUGACACAAAUGGAGAUCCAAUUGUUUUCCUGCCGCCAUCUUUUCCUGGAUUACUAACCUCCUUAGUGUCUGAAAACACCUUGAAUAUCAAACUGAAAUUAUCCACUAMAAAUAAGGUUAAUUUCACCAUCGUGGUCAGGGACUCGAAAGGCGCAUCACUGAUCUGGAACCCGACUCUAACAUUAUGCGCAUGUGAAAAUGGGGCAAACUGCUCUCAACCAAACAAUCUCAACGGUGAUAAGUUCCUAGUGAUGUCAUGCAAAUGUGAAAGUGGUUACACUGGCAAGUUUUGUGAAAGCGACCUCAACGCCUGUGAUUUCAAUAGUAGACCUUGCUAUCCUGGAGCUAUUUGUACUGAUCAUCCUCCUCCUAGCGGCAAGCAGGGCUAUACAUGCGGGCCUUGUCCCGCGGGACACUCGGGCGAUGGUGCCAAUUGCACAGAUAUCGAUGAAUGCCUCGAUUCUAUAACGUGUUCACAGCUGUGCAUAAAUACUCCGGGCUCAUACUUAUGUCAGUGCAAUGAUGGAUACAUACUCAACGAAGACGGGGAAAAUUGUGGUGACAUCGACGAAUGUCAAAGACCAGGGACAUGCAUGCAAAGAUGUACCAAUUCUCCUGGGAGUUAUAUCUGCACGUGUGACCCCGCCUUCAAGGUGGAUCCAGCCGAUCCAAGCAAAUGUGUUCCGAAGUCUCCGUGUUCUCCAAGCGAUAAUGGCUGCCAGCAUGUCUGUUACAUGGAAAACAAUCAAAAGAAAUGCUCUUGUAAUGAGGGAUACAAACUACAGGACGACGGAAAGAGUUGCAAAGACAUCGAUGAAUGCCUGGAGAAACCUUGUACUCAGAACUGUGAGAACACCGACGGCGGAUUUAAGUGUAUCUGCAAACAGGGAUAUAAUCUCAAAGGAGACAACUAUACUUGUGAAGAUAUCAACGAAUGUGCUCAAGGCAAUUACAACUGCAGUGACCCCUUCCAGCAAUGUAUCAAUAUCGACGGUGGAUACAAGUGUGAAUGUGAACAAGGUUCUUACUGGUCUGGUAGCUCUUGCAAAGAAAUUCCUACCGCAGGUUCUGGUUCUCAAACUACCACAAGUCCUGGUUCUCAAACUACCGCAGGUCCUGGUUCUCAAACUACCGCAGGUCCUGGUUCUCAAACUACAGCAAAUCCUGGUUCUCAAACUACCGCAGGUCCAGGUUCUCAAACCACCGUACGUCCUGGUUCUCAAACUACCGCAGGUCCUGGUUCUCAAACUACCACAGGUCCUGGUUCUCAAACAACUGCAG